UAGACGGCAUAAGCCUUGGGUGUCCUGGCGUUUCUGGGCGCUUGUUUUAUUAGUUUUGUCCGCCGCUGGCGGGUUCACUUGUCUAUCGUAGGUUUCUAAUCGUAGGUAAGAUACUUGCAACUAUGUUUUAAGAGAACAAAUAUCUUUAAGUUUCCACAAUACUGUCAACUGUUCUUGCCAGGGCACCUUCAGAGAGGGAGCCUAGGCUCCCACGAACGAAUCGAGAUGGAUCCAGCACUUCUGAAGGAACGGGAUGCGUUCAAAAAGAGGGCCAUGGCCACUCCUGUGGUUGAGGCCCGAAAACGCGACCGCGAUUCAUCAGCGGCAAAUGCGGCGUCGCAACCAAAGAAAAAAGUGAAGCCACCGAAGCCAAAAGACACGUACAACUACAAAACUACCUCUGGAAGCUCGCAGUACAACUUCAGUGUCCUGGCGAAAAUUGUGAAGCACAUGAAACAAAGGCACUUGGAAGGUGACACACACCCCUUGACGCUUGAAGAGAUCCUGGACGAGACGAAUCAGCUGGACCUCGGAGCACGGCAAAAGCACUGGCUGGCAACAGAGGCCCUGCAAAACAACCCGAAACUUCAAGUGACGCAUGACGGCAAGUACUGCUUCCGGCCCGCGUACAACCUCAAGGACCGUAAGAGCCUACUGCGGCUACUGGACAAGCAUGACCAGAGGGGCCUCGGAGGCGUGCUGUUGGAGGACGUGCAGGAGUCAUUGCCCAAUGUGGAACGCCACCUCAAGGUGCUGGGCGACAGCGUCAUUUACGUGAUGCGGCCCAUCGACAAGAAAAAGGUGCUUUUCUACAACGACAAGUCCCUGCAGUUCAGCGUUGAUGAAGAAUUCCAGAAGCUUUGGAGAAGUGUUGCCGUUGAGGGCAUAGAUGACCAGAAGAUCGAGGAGUACCUGCAGAAGCAGGGCAUCACAUCUAUGCAGGACAUGGGGGUCAAAAAAGUGAACGUUGCCCAGAAGCGGAAGAAGCCAUCGUCAAAGAGGGCAAAGACAUUCAAGAAGCACAACGACCACAUGGGGGAUAUUCUAGAAGAUUACACCGACAAGUAGAUCUCAUACGUGUAAAUCUGUACAUAUACUUUGAACAUUUUUGCGAAACAUCUCUGUGAGGAUCUUGGACUGUAUAAAAAACAUGUCAUCCACAGAAAAAGAAAAGCAACUGGUAAAACUAAGACCUGCUGGCUGUCUCUGAGGUGCACUUUGGCACGUGAAAGUCUGUUGGGUCCGAUAUUAAAAGUUUUGAUGCGAAAUGAA